GCCCUAGCUUAACAGUUGGUGACCCCGACGUGAUUGUGCAAUAAAUUAUCCAUCAGUGCAAUCACAAACUAAUAUAGCAUUCAAAGAUCUAAACUAAUUUCCAUCUCAACCAGUGUCAUCGACCACAUAAGUUAUCCAUACAUAUAUAUGUACACUGGCCUCCCCUGCAUAUUCGGUGGUGCACGUAGCUGUUGGCUUGCGCAUCUCUUUUCGGUCAUCUUACAGCAAGAAAUGUUUCUUACACCGGUCGCCUUUGUAUAUACAGUUCGUACAUAGCUGUUCGCUUGCUGGGCUGGUUCUUGUCGUCUAUUGCUCGUGUUACUCUUUGCGAUCAUCUUCCCGCUAGAGACGUUGGUCUUUCUGCGAAAUUCCAAUGACCAGUGAGCAAAACAGGGUGUCUUUUUUGAAGCUUAAGUCAACGGAAUUCUGCGAGAAAAUGAAAAGGUUAGCUACCGCUUGGCAGAAUGAGUCGUCGGACUGUGACUACUACAUGCUCGUGGUAAAGCAAGAGCAAGUCGAGAAGUUGAUCGGCAAAUUUGAGAUGUUUCACGGCGAGCUUGAGGAAUUGGAUCGAAGCGAAAUUCACAGUGGCCUGUGUGACAUUUUUCAGUCACUUGCCAGCUCGCUGAAGGCGGCGAAUAUGAGGGAAAUGGCUAAGAGUAGCGGCCGCAUGCCGUUUCAUUCUACCUCGGAUGGAGGAAACACUACGGUUGAGUUUGCCGGCUCGCAAUUUCUACCUCACCGUAGACAAGUACCAUCCCUGCCUCCUAUACAAUUGCCGACGUUUAGCGGCGGGUAUGCGAACUGGACGGAAUUUUAUUCAAUGCUUGCCAUCAUCAUCGACAGCGAUCCGGACUUAACAAACAUAGAAAAGCUCCAGCAUUUGCGUUCCUGUCUGCGGGAUUCGGCAUUGGAGACUGUUCGGGCGCUGGAAAUCUCAGAUGGCAAUUAUGCUGUGGCAUUAGAUUUGUUGGAAAACAGAUUCAAUAAUCGGCGAUUGGUCUUUCAGGCACACAUCAAUGAGAUCUUGGCGCUCCAGGCUGUGGAACCUGGGUCAGUGGUCAUGCUUCGGGAGCUUUCAGACAAGUUCAAUUCACAUAUGCGCGCGCUCCAGGGUUUGGGCACCACUGAGCAGAUCGCAGGAUGCAUCGUCGUGCAGGAACUUCUCCGAAAACUGGAUCCACCGAGCCAAGAGAAGUGGGAGGAACGAUUCAUCGACCUCGCAUUCGCAAACUUAAUUCCGACGUGGGAAUCUAUGGCCUCGUUCUUGGAGCAGCGAUGCAGAUCAUUGGAGACGAUGGACUUUUCUAUGGCAAGCUAUGCGUCGAGCAGUCAGGUGGGCAGAAGUAGAAAGCAUAAUAAUUCUAGGUCCACAUUGGUUACAAUGAACCAAUCCGUAGCACGCUGCGCGCUGUGAAACGAUGGUGCUCACGAGUUCCAGCACGGUCAGAAGUUUAAGGCACUGUCCCCCACAAAUCGCCAUAAAGAAGCCAAGCGGCUCUAAUUGUCUAAGAACAGGGCAUCGAUUAAUUCAGUGCACCUCGAGCAACUGUCGUACCUGCGGGGGUAGACACCAUACCCUCCUUCAUUUUGGUAGCCCUGAAGAUACCGCAGUCCAAGGGAAAUCAGCGCCGUAUACUCCAUUUCAGUCUGCACUGUCUUAGUCUACGCCGUCUGAGCAUACCACUGAGCCCUCUACUUCAGCGUCUACCUCGUCUGCCCUUAUUGCCCAAGAUCUCAGGAAUGGUGUUGUUCUACUUGCCACGGCCACGGUCUUAGUCAAAAAUCGUUCCGGAGUUUUAGUUCCCUGCCGAGCGUUGCUGGAUUCCGGC